AUGAACGAAGCGCCACCCGCGACACGUGAGCGAGCCAACCGCUUCCUGGUGGGCGGCACGCCUGCGCCGCCUGGAGCGUAUCCAGGGCAAGUUGCGCUGACGCCUGGCGAUGACUUUGUCAACUGCGGAGGAACGCUCAUUCACUCGCUCUGGGUCCUCACCGCCGCGCACUGUCUCUACGACGAUCGUGAUCAUCCGGAGGAUAUGUGGAUCUUUGCUGGCAAGACCAAUCGGUCGGAGGUGACGAGCGCCGACAUGGUCCAGGGCGACGCCAUCUUUCUUCACGCUGGCUACGACGACGACGAUCUAACGUACUAUGACAUUGGUCUGCUCCGCCUCGCGAAGCCGGUGCCAAGUCGGGAAGGCAUUGCAGUGGCCCGGCUUGCAGACACGGAUCCUCCAGACUACGCUGUGGUCACCAUCACCGGAUGGGGCGCAGACACGAUCAAUGCCACCGGCGAGCCCGACAGGUUGCAAGAGGUCCAGACACUGGUCCAGCCAAACGCGCUCUGCCAGGCCAACUACGAAGAAGAGCACGUCGACAUCCUCCCAUCGCACCUCUGCGCCGGACAAGAGUGCAUCUCUGGUCACGAUUCGUGCCUUGGCGACUCGGGCGGCCCGCUCUGGGCCCGAUCCGAGGACGGUGGCAUUGUGCAGGUGGCGCUGACCUCGUUUGGCGGCAACCCCGACGACGACGACUCUCCCUGCGGCCAUCCGCGGUUCUGGGCAGUCAACACCCGGGUAACAGCCUACCUUGGCUGGAUGGCAUCGAUCAUGAACGGCACGCUCUACACGACGGCCACGCCGUCGGCGGCCGCCACCACCACCGCCGGUGCACUCGCAGGCAUCUAUGCGCAGCCUCAUGUCGUUAUCGACGGAACGGCGGCGGUGCUCGCCGACGCGCACGCGGCGUUCCUUGGCACCGUCACCGUUGCAUCUGGAGCAUCCCUAACUAUUGCCGACGGCACACCUGGAUCAGCUGUCCUCGCAGUCUCGGGCGCCGCUGGCAUGAAUCUACAGCAGCGAGCCGAACUGAUUCUCCGCGGCGGCAAUGCGGUCGAGACGGCUGCAUUUCUGCUAGCGUCGACGUCGCAGUUGCAAGUCCGCCUCGACGCAUCGCAGGCAGCACCGUCGACCAGCGUCGCUCUGGCUGUCUCAGGCGAGCUGGUGAUCAACGGGCAUCUGCGGCUGAGUGUUAGCUACACGCCUGCCCCUGGAACCAUCUUUCACAUCGCGUCCUGCGCCGUCUGCCGCGGCAAGUUCCGAACGGUGGCUCUCGAUGCAAGCGACGUGGCCGGCCUGACACCGGUCGUCACGGUCUUGGCUGGCGAGGUCAGCGUCACACUGGUGCCUGCGGCAGCGCCGAGCUCGCCAAGACGGCCGCGACCGGGAAAGAGCACGACCGUGAUCGCGGUCGUCUUUGCGGUCGUCAUUGUGGUCGCGGCAGUGGCAGCUACCGGCGUUGUCCUGCGCCGGCGAUCGCGCAGCGGCAGAUACGCGCCUUUCGACGACGGCAUUGCGCUCGACGCGCGCGCCGCAGCAAUGGCGCAAGCUGCAAGCCGGCCGUCGCCGUUUGUAUUCCAGCAGGAUCCGUGCGAGAGCGAUGUGCUCAUGGGAUUGUCACGUUGAUGGUGGCGAGAGAAGUAAAGGGACACAGGGAGCG